AUGGCUCACCUAUGUCCAGAUGGAUGUCAGGCACAUGUACUUUUUCCAGUAUCGUCACUCGAGAAAUUGAUUCUAGGACGAUACCAUGCGUCGGGGUUGGGUACUAACCGAAAUCAAAGGCAUACACAUUCUACAACAUUGAAACGGCAAGUUGACCGUACGAACAACACAUUCAUCAAUGCAAACAUUGACGAGUCUUACUAUCUGGAUCUGCCAGGUGAAUACAAGCGACAGAGUGACUCGGGUCAUACAGUUGGCCGUCACAACAAGUAUGUGUUUGACAUAUGCAUUGAUACACUUCAAACGGGCACUUUAUUUGUUGCAGUCGCUAUAUAUGUCAAUGACAUUGAUACCAAGUGA